AAAUGCUCUACCAGGGUGGUUCACGAGUGAAGAGAAUCGCUAGUGAGACGCAGUGAGGUCUGCAUGCAUGCAGGCAAAAGAGGGAGGUGCUGGCAGCCUCAAGUCAGUCCAGACCGCUAAACAGGACAAAUGUGGGCAGUUCUAAGAAGAGUGUUUAGUUCACCGCAAAAGUGUCCGUGUUUAUAAAGGCUAGACUACAAGUAUGAGGUGAGCAAACCAGGACAGAAGAGAUUUAAAUCCAAUGUUUCCCUGUUCAUAUCUAUCUGAUAUUUUAAUCCUCCGUUCCUGAGACUGCCAACCCAAAAGGCGCAUCCUUCAGCCUGCAGUGGAACCGGCUGCAAUGUCCUAGGACUCUGGACAGAAGAGAAUUACAUACGAGCGACUCCUCCGAACCCCAUGAACGAAAAAACACACCAAGGGAGCAAGAGCAGCAUUCGCAGUUUCACUCGUGAGGAGAUUGUAAAUCGAGGAAGCUGGGUCGAGGACCCUUUGGCCUGAGAUUCCCCAUACGUUUCAGCAUGUUGUUCGUAAAUACCCGUUGCAUUGCAUUAUAAUGCACAAAUGGAUGCUGAAAUGGAAGCUGCCAACUUUGCUCUCCAAACUGUACUUGCACAUCAUGUUUCUACUGAGCGGUAUGUGUCUAGCUUGCAGUGAUCGGACUCCGGAGCAACUGGCUGCAAUUAUGAACUGUUCCAAACAUGAGAGGCACACGAGAAAUUACGAUUAUAUGGAGGGAGGGGAUGUAAGAGUCAGGCAACUUUUCAGUGGAACACAAUGGUUUCUCACAAUCGAUGACUAUGGCAAUAUUAACGGAACUCAAGAUCCAACCAACUGCUACAGUAUCCUGGAAAUACGCACAGUCUCCGAAGGAGGUAUCCUCGCUAUCAAAGGGGUAAAAAGUCAGUAUUACAUAUCUAUGAACAAGACAGGAGUAUUACAAGGCAAGAAAACAUACAAUGAAAACUGCAACUUUAAGGAGGUCUUUCUAGAAAACUAUUUCAACGCUUAUUCUUCAGCAAAGUGGACUAAACAAAAUGGCAAAGAGAUGUUCAUUGCUUUGUCCCAGAAGGGGAGGCCCCUGAAAGGCAGGAAGACGAGGAAAGAGAACACAUCAUCUCAUUUCAUCCCCAUGAAGUGCAGAGAAGAGGACAAGAGAGUGGAGUAGAGCCACUGAGGCGUCUAGUGGA